AUGGCCAAUCGAACUAUUGCUGGUGCUAAUUGGAUUCAUGGUCGAGAUCCACAACACUUGAUUGAAAAGAUUAUCCGUGAACGUAUUUACGAUUCAAUGUAUUGGAAAGAAGAAUGUUUUGGUCUUACAGCUGUUACUUUGAUGGAUAAAGCAGUAGAACUUAACUCCAUUGGUGGCGAAUAUGGUAAUCAUGAACCGACUCAUUUUUUGUGCUUAACUUUGAAAAUGUUACAAUUACAACCUGAACGUGAAAUCUUGACUGAUCUUAUCAAACAAGAAGACUUCAAAUAUCUUCGAGCACUUGCUGCAUUUUACCUUCGUAUUGUUGGUCAAUCAAAAGAAAUAUAUCAAUACCUGGAACCUCUCUUGAAUGAUUAUAGAAAACUACGUGUCCGAGUAGGAGGUGGUUAUACACUUUCUUAUAUGGAUGAAUUUAUUGAUCAAUUAUUACACCAGGAACGUGUUUGCGAUGUUAUUUUACCACGAUUAGUACAACGUCAUGUAUUGGAAGACAACGAUGAAUUGGAGCCAAGAGUUAGUGCAUUGGAAGAUGAUUUGGAAAGUGAAGAUGGGGAAAACAAGAAAGACGAUCGAUCACAAAGACACCGUAGUCCAAGCAGUAGUCCUGAAAAAAAUGAACGUAGACAUCGAAGUCCAAGUAGUAGCCCAGAACGACGUGAUGAUCAUAGACGACGCCAUCGAAGCCCAAGUAGUAGUCCGGAACGACGUGAUGAUCAUAGACGACACCAUCGAAGCCCAAGUACUGAGAGCAAUGAUAGUGAAUCCGAUGGACGAUCAAGGCGAAAUGGAAGACACAGAUCUAGCGGAUCAUCAUCAAGACAUCGAUCUCGUUACUCCAGUCGAAGUAGAAGUAGAGAACGAAGACAUAGAUACUAG